AUGCCUGCGGUCUGGACCCUGGCGAACUACGACCAGCAACGGACGGCCAGAGUGGACCCAUCCGUGUCCGAAGGCGACGAGACGCUGUGGACUGCGCUCGACUCAACUCCUCCGUUCGAACUACCGAAGCGCCCCGAGAGCCAACCCUCGGCCCACGUGGACAGUGCCUUCAGGUUCUCACGGCUCUCCAGGUCCAGGAGGUCCAUCGAUCAUUCUCACCGUAUCUCCUCCCUGAUCUACCACAGCCGCAAGCACUCCUCAUGCGUCUUCUUCUACAGCGCCGUGCUGCUCUCGCUGGUGGUGCUCACCAGCUUCGUGGUGUUGUUCUUCUUGCGCGACAUCAAGGCCGCCAUCGUGGCACGACGCACCGUCGACGUGUGCGGCACCGACGACUGCAUGAUGCACGCCAGCGAGCUGCGCGCCCACAUGAACACCGCGGCCGAUCCGUGCCACAGCCUGCACGCCUUCGUCUGCGGCGGCGGCCCCAGGGCAACGCGGCUGGACGAGGAGAGGCGGUCUGCGCGUAUCUACAGCGAGAUCAUGGCCUACGACUCGCAGAAGUACCGCACGGCCGGCAACUGCAACCACCAGGAGUCGCACGCCAACACGAAGGCCCUGUCCGCGUACACGACGUGCCUGCAGAGAACUUCCCAGUCUUCCGAGAUCGAGGCACAAGCGAUUCAUUUCGCGGAGUUUAUGGAGGCCCGACGGAUACCGUGGCCGAACGACCCGCCGGAGAACGUCGACAUGCUGGACGUUCUUCUAGAUCUGGUGCUCAACUGGAGGGUUGCCCUGCUCUUCGACUUGAGGAGAAGCACGAGGAAGUUCGACACAGCCAGCCUCGUGUUCCAGGAACCCGGACCCUUGAUCAAAUUGCGAAGGCAGCAGGUUGCUUCCGUAUUCGAGAUCGAGGAAGACACCGAGCAUCUCAUCAAAACGACUGCGAAAUUCCUCGGCAGCAGCGAAGCGGACAUGUCCAAAGAGAAGAUCGACGCCCUGCGUCACGACGAAAUGACGCUGACGUCGCACCUGGCCGCGUGCAGCGACGAACGAGACAACGACGUGCUCGUCACAGUGAAGUACAUCGACGAGAUGUCUCCCAGCGUGAACACACCGUCCUGGUUGACGCUCCUCAAACGUCACCUGAACGACGAGUCGUUGACUUUGGAAACGAAGGUGCUCGUCUACGACGAGCAGCGCUUGAACGCAUUAUCGGAAGCUCUCACCUUACUUUCCCCGGCAAGGAGUCUCAACGUGAUUGGGUGGAUGUUUGCGUACACUUACGCUUGGGUGGUAAACCCCGCCUUCGAUCACCUUCAGCCAAACAAAAACAACGAAUCCAACUACUUGUUCAACGAGACGCUCUGUUUUCUCGCCGUCCACGAAUCAUUCGGCCUGCUGCAGAUACUACACAACUUCGUCAAGCGCUUCGAACACGGCGACAUCCAGGUGACCUCGAAAUUGAUGCAGAACACCAUCGACACGUUCGUGCGGCUGGUCCAGAAAUCAGACGUCAUCACCGAAACGACUAAGGCGAUAGCGGUGGCGAAAAUUUCGAGCGCGUGCAAAGAACGGUGCGCCGUGAGGGUGUCCAACAGGCGACUUCUGGACUGGCUGUACACGAGCUUCCCCAACAGUUCUGCGAGCUUCUUCGACGCUUGGCUCCACACCCGAAAGGCGCUCGCAACGCUGCUCAAGUCGGGCAGUACUCACCCAGUGAUGACAGCGCGUUUCGCUUGGCAAACCCGAAACAUUCACUAUCUCCACACCAUCAAUUUUCAGCAGGUCAGGAUGUUCGCCUUCUACCCACCGUCGUUCUACAUUCACGGCUCGCCCUCCAUGUCGUACAGCGGACUGGGUUUUCAAAUGGCCAGCAGCAUCGUCAAGGCUAUCGUAGGCCACGGCCGAGGCAUUGACGAGAACCUCUCCGAGAGCUUCUGGUGGUCGCCCCUCAAAAGUUGCCGUUGGGACGAAUCGAGCUCGGUGCACGAGAAGCGUUUCAUUGAGGAACUGUUCGCCCUCAAGCUCACCGUCAAAGCACUGGAAAACGGAGUCGGCAGUGACAAGGCGUUCUUGCAACUGCAGUCCUUGGAGAUGCUGACGGGUAGGCAGACCUUCUACAAAGUGUCCAAAGAUGCUGUCACCAUCAUUGCUGUACCCUUGUAUUUCAUCACCCUUUUUUCCUGCAUACGAAGAUAA